GAGGAGGUGAGUCAAGUGGUGAGGAGGGUUGUGUUGGGUCUGCUGGGCCGUGGAGCUCUGGUGAGGGAUUUGUCUGGGCUGGGGACGCGGAAACUCCCUUACUCAGUCCGCCGUCACGAUCAGGUUCACACCACGGGGUGCUACUUCAUGGUGGCGUUCGAGUCUUCCAGCACGUCGCUCAUUCCCCUGCAGGAGGAGCUGUCGCGAGACGUCGACCUGAUCCGCUCCACCGUGCUGAGGUCGCGACCCCGUGACCCCGUGACCUCCAGCUGCCCGGGACGACCCCACGACCCCCACGACCUCACCGCCAGGCCGGGCCAGCUCAAGUGACCGCCGCUCGUCCACCCACUGAGUCACUCACUCAGUCACUCAGUCACUCACUUAGUCACUCACUCAGUCACUCACUUAGUCACUCACUCACUUAGUCAGUCACUCACUC